ACAGGCAGAUUUUGUUUCUGUUAAUGCACUUUCGUUGCAGAUUGCGUGCAGGGGUUGCAGUUCACCAUGUUAAGAUAAAGGUGUGGAGUCGUGAACUGAAGAUGCUAAAGCGACUGGAUAAGAUAAGGUUUCGAGGACAGAGGCGAGAUGAUUUCCUGGACAUCGCGGAGUCGCCCAACGUGUCGGAUAGUGAGUGUAAUGACGACCUCCUGAUAAAACCUUCGGCCUCCAUUAAAGAUGCAGAGGAACUCCGUGACCCUGCUGGUCCAGGGUCAAUCACCAUGGCUGCUACCAUCCAGGACUACCAGAGGACAGAGGUGGACAGGCUCAAUGAAGUUAAGGGUCACCUUGAGAUUGCCUUAUUGGAGAAACAUUUCCUUCAGGAGGAGCUGAGGAAACUUCGAGAAGAAAUGAAUGUGGAGACUCUGAAGCAAGAGCUCGAGAAGGAGAAGUCAAAAAGACUUGACCUUGAACAGAAGAUGAAUGAAGUUCUCAAAGCCAGACCAGAGGACUCACCACCCCUUCCUGCUAAAGCACAUGGUCCUGCUGUCAAUGGAACAGGCGAGAAGCAGUCGAUACGUUCUAAGAUGUGGAAGUGGUUGUAUGAGCGCUUUGGUGUGUACAUCGAGGAUUUUCGCUUCCAGCCUGAGGAGAACACAGUGGAGACAGAGGAGCCGCUCAGUGCUAAAAGAUUAACUGAAAACAUGAGACGACUCAAACGGGGGGCUAAACCAGUCACUAACUUCAUGAGGAACCUUUCUGCCUUAUCCAGCUGGCACUCUGUGUACACAUCAGCCAUCGCCUUCAUUAUCUAUAUGAAUGCUGUGUGGCAUGGCUGGGCCAUUCCUUUGUUUCUAUUUCUAGCUAUUCUCCGCUUGUCCCUGAAUUACCUCAUCGCAAAAGGCUGGAGAAUCCAGUGGAGCAUUGUGCCUGAAGUUUUUGAACCAGUGGAUCCUCCUAAAGAAGAUUUGACGGUUUCAGAGAAGUUUCAGUUAGUGUUAGAUGUAGCUCAGAAAGCACAGAACUUGUUUGGAAAGAUGUCUGAUGUUUUGGAGAAAAUCAAAAAUCUUUUUAUGUGGGUGCAGCCAGAGAUCACUCAGAAGUUGUACAUGGGUCUGUGGCUUGCAUUCAUCGCUUCCUGUCUACUGCCAUACAAACUGCUGGGCUUUAUAAUCGGACUCUAUGCUGGAGUCAAAUUCUUCAUCAUCGACUUUAUUUUCAAGAGCUGCCCAAAACUUAGGGACAAGUACGACACACCGCACAUCAUUUGGAAAAACCUGCCGACUGACCCCCAGCUCAAAGAACGACAGAGCUCCAACAUCAGUCGACGGCAUAUCCAGCCUGUCGUGGCACGUGGUAACCUGGCAGCUGGGGUGCCCUAUGGCGUGGGCCGCGAAGAGGAAGGUGGCCGUGCCUACAGCACCAAGAGAGGACCAUUUCAUGAAGUCUUUAACCUGUCUGAGAAUGAGCGCCCCCUAUCAGUGUGUGAAAAUGGAUGGCGCUGCUGCUUGAUUAACAGGGACAGGAAGAUAACCACUGACUACAUACGCAACGGCAUCCUCUAUGUGACAGAAAACUACUUAUGUUUUGAGAGCUCCAGUUCUCGUUCAACGUCUAAGAAGAACAAAGUCAUCAAACUUCAAGACAUUAAAGAUAUUCAAAAGUACAAGGUUUUGUCAGUAUUGCCUGGAUCCGGGAUGGGAAUUUCAAUAACCACACCAUCCACACAAAAGCCUCUGAUAUUUGGUGCCAUGGUUCAUCGAGACGAAGCGUUCGAGGCUAUCUCCAACCAGUACACCAAGAUCAUCGGCUCUACUUUACCCGUCACAGUGACGAACUCAGAAACGUAGAGCGUGCAGAGUAGAGAUCACCUGGAUCCCCAAUUUCAGCUGGAGACUUCAGAUCUGAUGCAACUUUUCUAACAUCUGCACAAGAAGACUGCCAGAAGAAAAAAUAAUCAUCUCUCAUUCACGUGUGCUGGAGUGAUGCACCGGGGUUUUACAGGAGCUGGAUCUCCUGGAUCAUUCUGAGUAGGUUCUUAUUGUGUCUCUCUGUUUUUUGUUUUUUUUCAUAACUCUUCUAACUGUGUGUCACUUAACUUUUAAUCCUGGGGCUGGUUCUCCUCUCUCGUUCUGUAAGAUUCUUACUGUUUGUGUGGCUUUCAUGUCUUAUUGCUACGUUUUGUUAUUUAGGUUUAAACUAGGACCUGACCAAUGUAGUUUAGGGAGCAUAUUUGAUUUACUGACUCUGAAACAAAGAACAUAAUUCUCAAAAUCAAUAUAAAUAUGAAAUAAGCAACUUAAAAGCUAAGUUUGUCCUGCACCGGUUUUAAAAAUGAACAGUUUAUAAAUGUGAACCAAGAUUCUUAGUGUGAACCAGGAUAUUC